CGAGCACUUCAACGUGUAUUAGGUUACCACAAGGGUCCACCAGCUUCGUCUCUGCAUGGACAUCUGCUAUAUAGAGUUGGUCCACAUUAACUCCUCAAUGCGAUUCCCGGAACAGCGCUUUCUGUAGACAUCCCAGGACUCAUCUGUAACUCGCCAUGUCCACAGACUGGCAAAUGCAGAAGUCUGCGAGCGCUGCCUCCGCGCAUUUAGCCGUGGCAUCAUUCACCCUAGUUGUGUACGAUCAUAUUAUCACGUUCUCCCAAGAGGUGACCUUCUUCUGGUCUGGACCAUGGACAACUUCAAGAAUACUAUAUCUCAGUGUAAUGCCGUCGAUGAGUUGUAUUCUGCUGCCGGUGCUCAAUCGUGGAUUUAAUAGAUCCGAUACUUGGCUUUAACUCAAAUGUCUCUCAUAUUCUAUGGUCCGUCGGUGAGAAUAUACGUGGCAUGGCUCUGACGACUCAGACGAAUAGGAAAC